GAGAGAGGGAAUGGGCCCGUGGAAAGAGAUGGAUAUGAAAUGUUUUUAGAGAGAGAGAAAGUUUUGGAUUGGCGGAGAGAGAAAGAGGAGAUUGGAAACACUGGUGCUGGUGGUGUUUUUGGCCUCCUUGUCCCUGUGUGUAUACCUUCGACCGCCUUUAGAAUUGAAAAGCUUUUCGGAGAGAGAAACGACUAACGAAAAGAAAAAAAAGAUUUUGUUUUCUCUCUUCUAGGGUUUUAAUUUUCUUGGAGAAUUCAGGGAGAAAUUAAUUAUUAUUAUUGGCGUAUAUUUAUGUAUGUACUCUUUCCUGUGUUUGGAAUCAGAGGAUCUGAGCUAGGGUUUGGGAAUUUUAAAUUUGUGCGCUGUUGGAGCUUGAAUUGGAUUGGAAAUGUUGUUCGGAAAUGCGAAUUGAUAAGAAUUGGAGCACCGAUCUUAUAAGGAAGUUUUGGAUAUUACGGGUUCAGGUUGAGAAAGAUGGACGUUGAUUCGACCAUGACGUCGGAGUCCGAUCAGGAUCAGAAGAAUAACGGGCCGAGUUCCGAGCAGUCAAGCGUCGAGCCAUCGGCUGGAGAAUCUCCGGAGCAGAGUUCUCCGGCUCUACAGCAGCAGCAGUCGCCACCUUCGACUCAGCCUCAGCAGCAGAACAGUAUUGGUCCGGUUGUGGGGCCAAGGUGCGCUCCAACGUACUCGGUGGUGCACCCUAUUCUGGAGAAGAAGGACGAUGGCCCAGGACCAAGGUGUGGCCACACACUAACGGCUGUCCCGGCUGUCGGAGAGGAAGGCACUCCUGGAUACAUUGGUCCUCGGCUAAUUCUAUUUGGUGGUGCCACUGCACUUGAGGGAAAUUCUGCAGCCACAGGGACUCCUUCAUCUGCCGGAAGUGCUGGAAUUCGGUUGGCUGGGGCUACGGCUGAUAUCCACUGUUACGAUGUAUUGACUAAUAAAUGGACUAGAAUUGCUCCAAUCGGAGAGCCACCCACGCCAAGGGCAGCCCAUGUAGCUACUGCUGUUGGUACAAUGGUGGUUAUUCAGGGUGGAAUUGGUCCUGCUGGUUUGUCCGCUGAGGAUCUUCAUGUCCUAGACCUUACACAACAACGGCCACGAUGGCAUAGAGUUGUUGUCCAAGGCCCUGGGCCAGGCCCUCGUUAUGGACAUGUCAUGGCUUUGGUAGGGCAAAGAUAUCUAAUGGCAAUUGGUGGAAAUGAUGGGAAACGACCUUUAGCAGAUGUUUGGGCCUUGGAUACAGCAGCCAAGCCAUAUGAGUGGCGUAAAUUGGAACCUGAGGGUGAAGGUCCACCUCCAUGCAUGUAUGCAACUGCAAGUGCACGCUCUGAUGGUCUUCUACUACUUUGUGGAGGGAGGGAUGCUAAUAGUGUGCCACUAGCAAGUGCAUAUGGACUUGCUAAACAUAGAGAUGGUCGGUGGGAGUGGGCUAUUGCUCCGGGUGUGUCACCAUCUCCUAGAUAUCAACAUGCUGCAGUCUUUGUUAAUGCAAGGCUCCAUGUAUCUGGAGGAGCACUGGGCGGUGGACGUAUGGUGGAAGACUCCUCCAGUGUGGCUGUUUUGGAUACUGCAGCUGGGGUGUGGUGUGAUACAAAGUCUGUUGUUACAAGCCCAAGAACUGGUAAAUUCAGCGCUGAUGCAGCAGGUGGAGAUGCAGCUGUUGAGUUGACAAGGCGUUGUAGGCAUGCUGCUGCUGCUGUGGGUGAUUUGAUCUUUAUUUAUGGUGGUCUACGUGGUGGUGUAUUGCUGGAUGACUUGCUUGUUGCUGAAGAUUUGGCUGCUGCUGAAACAACAAGUGCUGCUUCUCAUGCAGCUGCUGCAGCUGCAAAUGUACCACAAGGGAGAAUGCAAGGGAGGUAUGGAUUUGUUGAUGAAAGAAUGAGACAAGCAGUUUCUGAAACAGUUAAUGAUGGGGCAGUUGUUCUUGGAAAUCCUGUUGCUCCCCCAGUAAAUGGUGAUAUGUAUACUGAUAUAAGCACUGAAAAUGCUAUGCUUCAAGGAAAUCGGAGAUUGAGCAAAGGUGUUGAGUAUUUAGUUGAAGCCUCUGCCGCAGAAGCAGAGGCUAUUAGUGCCACAUUAGCUGCAGCAAAAGCUCGACAAGUUAAUGGAGAAGUUGAACUGCCUGAUAGGGAUCGUGGAGCAGAUGCAACUCCUAGUGGAAAACAGGCAUCAAGUUUAGUCAAGCUUGAACCUUCCUUGGCAAGCAAUUCUGCUCCACCUGGAGUUCGACUACAUCACCGUGCUGUAGUUAUUGCUGCAGAGACCGGUGGAGCUCUAGGAGGUAUGGUUAGACAGCUCUCUAUUGAUCAAUUCGAAAAUGAAGGCAGACGAGUCAGUUAUGGUACUCCAGAAAAUGCAACAGCAGCAAGAAAACUUUUAGAUAGACAAAUGUCUAUCAACAGUAUUCCCAAAAAGGUCAUUGCCCAUCUUCUAAAACCUCGUGGAUGGAAGCCACCUGUGCGACGGCAAUUUUUCUUGGACUGCAACGAGAUAGCUGAUCUUUGUGACACUGCAGAAAGAAUAUUUUCAAGUGAACCUACUGUUCUUCAACUCAAGGCUCCUAUUAAGAUAUUUGGUGACUUGCAUGGGCAAUUUGGGGAUCUCAUGCGUCUCUUUGAUGAGUAUGGAUCCCCUUCAACUGCUGGAGAUAUAUCAUAUAUCGAUUAUCUCUUCCUAGGAGAUUAUGUUGAUCGUGGCCAGCAUAGUUUGGAGACCAUAACUCUUCUAAUGGCUUUGAAGGUGGAGUAUCCGCACAAUGUUCACUUAAUUCGUGGGAACCAUGAAGCUGCAGAUAUUAAUGCACUUUUUGGCUUUCGAAUUGAGUGCAUUGAACGAAUGGGUGAGAGAGAUGGAAUCUGGGCUUGGCAUCGUAUUAACAGACUGUUUAACUGGCUUCCGUUGGCGGCAUUGAUUGAGAAUAAAAUUAUCUGUAUGCAUGGCGGUAUUGGAAGAUCAAUCAAUCAUCUUGAACAAAUUGAGAAUAUUCAGCGCCCUAUUACCAUGGAAGCAGGUUCAAUUGUGCUCAUGGACCUGUUGUGGUCUGACCCAACAGAAAAUGAUAGUGUUGAAGGUUUGCGUCCUAAUGCUAGAGGUCCUGGAUUGGUUACUUUUGGGCCUGAUCGUGUGAUGGAAUUUUGCAACAACAAUGAUCUUCAAUUGAUAGUUAGAGCGCAUGAAUGCGUGAUGGAUGGCUUUGAACGAUUUGCACAGGGGCAUUUAAUUACUCUAUUCUCGGCCACCAAUUAUUGUGGUACUGCUAAUAAUGCCGGUGCAAUCUUGGUAUUGGGUAGAGAUCUUGUUGUUGUUCCAAAACUAAUUCAUCCACUGCCUCCCGCCAUUUCAUCUCCAGAAACAUCACCUGAGCGGCAUAUUGAAGACACAUGGAUGCAGGAGCUUAAUGCUAACCGGCCACCUACACCAACUAGAGGUCGUCCUCAAGUCACUAAUGAUCGAGGUUCUCUUGCUUGGAUUUAGAUUAUUUAGUCCCAGAUUGUUUUGCUAUACUUCUUCCAGGCCGAUGCUGAUGCUAACACUGGGGAUUUCUAGCGAUCUGUACUUAGCAUGAUGUCAUUGGGAGAAUGCCUUGGGGAUGUGCACCUUCUAUGAGAUUCUAAAGGCUUUGAGGCACUUGAUGUCAUUCGUGGAUUAGACAGGCCUUCCGAGUUCCAACCAGAAAUAUUCUGGUCACAACGAUUAGCCAGAUUGUGUAUUCAUCAUGAUGGAAGCAAUUGAGGGUUCUCGGGGACGGUUUCCCCUUGUACAUUUGUCACAGGCAGAUUAGAAGUGUUAAAAGUGUGGUCAUUCUCUAAUUUGGUGCUUAGUGCCAGUUUUUGAGUUUUGUUUUUUUUUUUGUUAUUUUUUUCUCUUUUGGUUUUGGUUUUGGCCCUCUAGUCUCAAAAUUUUCAUAUUCCCAGUUUAGGUGUAUUAUUUUUGUUUCUGCUGAAAGGAGAAUUUAAGGUCCUUACAUACAAUGUAGAGCGAGUCUCGGUGGGCAUCAUUUGUAUCAUAGAGGGGGUUCCUUAGUGUAAUUUGUUUUUUACCUUUUGUACAAACAUCAGUGUGAAGAUAACAAUAGCUUUCUUUCUUUUUUAA